UCUCCUUCUCUUCCUCCGAUCGCGACUCUACCACAAGCCCCUGCACCUUUGGCAGGGAGGGAUGCGUGUGUCCGCUGGCGUGCACGCACAGACACGCGCGCACACACACACAACCGACAGGAGAAGAGAAGCUGAGCUUGCGCAGGCAGGCGGUACGGGAGCGCAGUGAAGACCUGCGAGCUCGUGCGAGGGAUGUAGGAGGUCUGCUGCGCGGCUGUGGGUGCAUGCGUGUGUGUGGUGUGCACACACGAGUGCCGCUCCCCCUUUCCCUAUUCACCCCCCCUCCUAUCCUACUGCCUUCGGUACCGGAGCACAACGUGGGACCAACUGGGAUGACCUGGUCUACUGGCAGAGCUCUGGAACGCCUCAGCAGGCUGGUUGUUUAAGGAACUCUCCCACUCCCACUCCUGCGUGACCACCUUUCCAGUAAGCCGGCACUGGUCAGCUCCGGGGGCUCAGAUGGAUACGGAUCUGGUGCACUGAGACAGUGUGAAGCAGUAUCACAGACAAUCUACGAAUUUCAGGCAUUCAUCCCUUACACUGCAGCCCAGCCGCUCUCCUUUCUACUGCCUAGUGACUGACUCGGAUAAAUGCCAACGGCCUGAUCCCCACUGUCUACAAGCUUGUCUGUUCCCUGAUACCAAGAGUUCAGUUGCACUUUUAGGAACUUCAGUGAAACUGUGAAUGAGUAUAGGACAGGAAGAGCACCUUGCCGUCAGACCACACUCCAUCCUCGUCUCUCCUCUCAGGGGAUGGCCCAGGUCCAAGAUGGACACACAGACACUUGUGGAAGCCCUGCGAUGUUAGAGGAGAGCUACAAUGGGAUGGACAGUGGUAGCCUGACCCCUGGAUCAGCUCGACAGGUCUGCAUUCUGCGCCACCCCAGCCACGGAUUUGGCUUCAUCGCCGGUAGCGAGAGGCCUGUCAUCAUCCGUUCAGUCUCAGCCGACGGUCCCUCUGAGGGCAAGCUAUUGCCAGGAGACCAGAUUCUGACUAUCAACAACGAGCCAGUGAGUGACGUGCCAAGGGAGAGAGUCAUAGACCUUGUAAGGAGCUGCAAGGAAUCUAUUGUUCUUACUGUACUGCAGCCACAACAGUCACCCAAGUCUGCCUUUAUUAGCGCAGCCAAGAAAGCGCGUCUCCGGACAAACCCACCAAAAGUGCGUUUCUCUGAGCAAGUCUCAAUCAGCGAUCCAGACUCAACCAUGCUGAAGGACGACUCUUUGCUACUCAUUCCUAAUGUGCUGAAGGUGUUCCUAGAGAAUGGACAGAUUAAGUCCUUUACAUUUGACAGCCGUACCACUGUGAGGGAUGUCAUCUCCUCUCUGCAGGACCGGCUGUCCUUGCGUUACAUUGAGCAUUUUGCCCUUGUUCUGGAGUCUGGUGGACUCCAUCAGAACCAGCGGCUGCACCUUCUACAGGACACCCAGCCCCUGUCCCAUGUAGUACAGAGGACCUACUUCCAGGGCAUGAAGUGUCUGUUUCGCAUCUGCUAUUUUCCCAAGGACCCUGCAGACCUCUUGAGGAGAGAUCCCGCAGCUUUUGAGUAUUUGUACAUCCAGAGUCGUAAUGAUGUUAUUAAGGAACGCUUCGGAAUCGACUGGAAGUCUGACAUCACACUGAAGCUGGCAGCUCUCCAUAUCUACAUUACAGUUUCUGCUGCUAGGCCGAACCAAAAGAUCUCGCUUAAGCACGUCGAAAAGGAGUGGGGUCUUGAGCCUUUUCUUCCCCUCACUCUGCUACCCACUGUAAAAGAAAAAAAUGUCUGCAAAUCCCUUUCCCAGCUGCUUAAGACCUACCAACACCCCCCGCCUGCUGGCAAUAAGGUCCCUCCUCUGCAGGGAAAGCUACAGUAUAUGCGUGCUCUGAAUGACUUGCCGCCCUUUGGGGGCCUGCUGUUUCACACUGUUGGUCUGGAUGAGAAGCAGUCUGCCACAACACUCCUGGUUGGGCCGCGACAUGGCAUCAGUCACGUCAUCGACCUGAAGAACAACCUCACCACCGUCCUGGCUGAAUUCAGCCGGAUUUCAAAGGUGCAGCUGUUUCGAGAAAACCAAGGAGUGGCCCGGGUGGAAGUGACGAUACUGGAGGCCAAGCCACUGGUCUUAUUGAUGGAAUGGCCAGAUGCCUCCAAUUUCGCCUGUCUUAUAUCCGGUUAUUACAAGCUCUUUGUGGACCCCAAGAAAACCAUCUACUGCCGGACUCCUGGUCAGUCCCACAUGAUCAAGGCAGAUUACAGAAGUCCUCACACGCUACCCCAGCUGGUCCCCUCAAUGUCGAGCAGCAGCCGACGGGAAGAGAGGGAGGGUAUCCCUAGGGAGUCCUCCAGAAGGCCAGCUAGCCCACCACACUCACAGCACCUGGGUCUGUGUCACCUGCAUCUCAAAGAGCAGAAGCAGCUCCAGGAGCUCCAAAUGCAGGCCGAAGAGGAAGUGGACUUCAAUGAGAACAUUAUCUUCCAAGAGGAAAGCCGACCACGCACCAAGUCUGACCCAACACUCAAGAGCACUGAGUCCAUUGCAGAACCUGUGGCAGUCGAGCACAGCAAUUCGGGGACUGAGUUUAGAGGUCGGGCCAACACACUGGAAGCAUCCCAGCGCCAUGGACGGUUCUUCUGUGAUUCUUGUAAGGCCAAGUUAAAGGCAGCAGCAGAGGGUGUUGUGGCAGUAAAUGGUGGGUCUCAGCGAUGCUCUAAUGCAUGCGCCUCCCGUGAUGGGGGAGCUGUGGACCUCAUGUCCUUACCCCCACCAGGAAACGAAGAAGAUGAGGAGAUGGAGGAAGGAGGAGGAAAACUCCAACUGCCUCCUCCUGCUAUUGCUGCGCCACCACCAGGAUUCCGUGAUAACAGCUCAGAUGAGGACGAUCCCAAUAGGGGGCGUAAAGCCCAGGGUCAAGCACUGGCAGUAGAAGCUCAGGAAGAGGUGCCCGUGACUCUAAUUGACAAUGUAGCCACACGGACGGUGCGAGAUCAUGCCCAGGAACUAGACGAUGCACUGGUAUCCACCCUACAGGCACUGGAGGCUUUAGCUGCAUCAGAGGACUAUCCCCACCAUCAGCCAACCCCACAGACAGCAGGGCUGAUCGUGCUGGCAGCAAUCACCCCAGAGUCCUCGCUAGAUUCUGGACAUGAGACCAACUCUUCAGAGCUAACAGAUGUCUCAGAGAUGGUGUCUGCAAUGAAGCAGCAUCAGAAUCAAGCCUACCUGCUGGCUCACCACAUCAACAAGGAUCGUCUCUUUGGGCGCCGUGAUUUCCCUCUUGCCAUCCCUGGAUGCUCUGCUCAGGCUCUUGGGGGAGGUACCUUUUCUGUUAGUCAGCUGCGUGCUGGAGGGCCUCCUAAAUCUGUCAUCCUCAGCAAGGCUACCCAACUAAGAGUUAUUCCAACUCAAGAGACUACAGUUCCCAGCAUUACUGUGGAUCCAGUCCAGACACAACCCCAAACUAGUGUACAAGACACAGGGAAGUCCAAUCUAGUGCCUCCCCAAGAUGUGUCAGCUGAUUGCUCCUCACAGGCCUCUAGAGAACUAACAGUUGUUGAACAAGGUGAAAAAAAAUCAAUCAGCAAUGACCAGGGGUCAUUAAGCCCAAAAAAGGAACGGCUGAGUCCAAAGCCUGCUGUCAAGGGGGAUGUCAAGGGGAAGGCCCCAAAAACUCCUAGUCCAGAAUCUACCAAGAAAGCCUUACCCAUUCUCUUGCCUGUGGAUGGAGCAAAUUCUACAAAUAGCCACCCAGGAAGUCAAGAAAAUCAGACUGUCUCAAGUAAAACUAGUAAACCUUCAAGUUCCAAGGAUCUCUUGAUCUCAGAUGAUGACUUGUUCUGCACAUGCCCAAUAAAGCCAAAGCCUAGUGUCCCACUACGAGCAAAAGACCCACAAGCUCAUAAGGUAGUAGUGUUCCAUUCUUCAUCUCCAACUGAUGAUGAGCGCCUUCGUGCUAAAGCCAAAACUUUACAGCUAGCCAGCAGCAAAGAGAGUACAACACAAGGUCCAGAACAUUCACAGACAAAGUCUACACUUUUAGUCCCACCCAAGUGUUCCCCACUUCCCCCCAAAAAGACAGGGCACAAAGAGAUACCAGAUAUCAAGACAGAGAAUUCUCAGAGCAAAGUUUCAAAUGAGACGCAAAAAGUCACCAAAACCGUACCUGUGCUUGUUGAAACAUCAAAAGCCACUAGUUAUGCGGACAAGGCAGCAACAAUUCCUGCCAUGGAUUGCAAGAAACAGGGCAAUAACAAAGCUAAGACCCAACGUAGUGCUCCGUUCCUGAGCUUCAGGAACUUACUGUCAGCAACUUUUCCAGCACGACUGAGGCGUGAGACAGAUGAGCGGCAGGCACAACUGCAGAAGGUACGUCAAUAUGAGCUGGAAUUUUUAGAGGAACUGUUAAAGCCAAAAGCAGCACAGGCAGAGUUUCUUCCGCAGGGACCAUCUCUAGUUCCUGUGGGCACUUCUUGUGCUUGCCAGCUUCGCUCUAGUCCUGUGCAAAAGGUCCCUGGUGUGUCUAGGGAACAGCGACGAAGCUGUGACUGCAAGAGGUUGUGCAGAGGGAUCCGACUGCCUGAUACACCUGUUGGAUCUGCACUUGAACGCAGAGGAAGAGAAAGGACUGUGUCUAAAACCCCACCUACCAUCCAUAAAACAUCACCAGAAGGACCCAAAAAAGCAUCUCAACUUGAGGGAGCAAAAAGACCUCAAACUUUAGAGAUAAAGACCACUCGAAUCCGCUCAACAAGCCUUGAAUCUCGAGAACCCCAAGGAAAGCCGGUCUCCUGUCUACCUACCUGUACUUCACAUUCAGAGUGCAUAGCAGCUCCACAUUAUAUGAAGCUUCAGAGGCGAUACAGCAUUGGGGAGGCAGACAGCAAUGAAUGUGCACCACUCUAUGCUGAAGUCAAGAAAGUCAAAUCCAAAAGCCUUGAGAAGGAGAUGGAGCGAGUCAGAGCAACUGGACUCAGGCUACCAACUCCAGUGGAACCAUCUUAUUCUCAUGCUGGGGACGGAAAAAGAAAAGGUGUGUUCUCCAUUCAAGAGGAAGAGCUGCUGAAGGAAGACCGAGUAGAGGCUAAUGAGGUAGUGCUAGGGUUGCCAAGUGAGGAUAAUGAUGACAGACAGAAGUGCUGUUCUUUCUGCUUUUGCUACCGUAAGUGUGAUACAACUGAUGAGAACAGUGAGAAAGACGAGCUUUCCUACUCCAUUCCCUUGCAAGUACUACCAGGCAUGCAGUUGGACAGCCAUGCCAUGCCUGUGGUCAGCAAAACACUGCAGGUGCUUGAUGCAGAGGACUGUAGUGGGGAGGUGGAAGUGGAGGAUCCCCAAAACCACGAGAUUGAUUUGCGAGCUUGUAGUAGCCUGGAGGCAAGCCUAUCACGAGUAAAAGCCUUGCAGGGUAAGACAUUUUCCCUACCAGAUGGCUUCUUGACUGCACAGCUUGAUGCUAACGAGCUGCUUGCCAUCCUGCGACAGUGUGCAAGCAGCCCACAGGCUGAGGAUGAGCUUCGCCUGCAAGCCCCUCAAUUGGCCGAAUACAAACAAGAACUAGCCUUGCGUUUCAAGGAGUUUCGGGCAUCGUGCCGGCGAGUAGCAGGUGUAGAGAAAAGCCCCACACGAAUGCUGAGCGCUGUUACUGCCAGCUUUCAAGUGCUUUGCAGUUUGACACAGUCCUUCAUCCAGCUAGUCAGAGGCGUGCGCUCUGAGACACAGAGACUGCAGCUGCUGCGCAAGGUGGAGGAGGUGGCAGUCAACUACACUCUGCUCCUACGUGCUGCAGAGGAGUCGAUGGGCCACUCAAGCAGCCUUCCCACCAAAAGCAGCAGCCCUCUACCUGGCAACCCUGCAGCAAAUAUGGGCUCUCUCAACCGUCCCAUUAACAGCCUGAGUACUAAAUGAAACCCAAGCUCAAAACAAGGCUUCAGAAAUGAAGACCCAUCUUUAUCUUUGUCUGACACUUCCCGAGAAACUGUACUACUGCAGUCAGACAUAACAUGGGUACUUUGCCCUGGCCAACCCAUUAUUUGCUGUUUACAUUUAGUCCUGUGAACUCCACAAGAAUUGUUCCAUCUUCAGCACUGCAAUACAACUGCUACUUUCACAUGUUUACAAAGGCAUUAUGAGAAAAAUAAUCACCCACCAAGUAUAACCGUAUAUAUGGGAAAGGGAGAACUGGAGACAUUCUGCUCCAAGAUUCUGGGCAAUAUGGACAGAGCUACAUGCACGACUGGGUGAAGGAAAUAAACCCUUGUCUUUCAGCUAUCAACUGGAAAGGUCUUUAUAUCAGCCUGGCUAAGGAUUUUAUUGUUUUUUUUUCCAGAGAAGUACAAUUUUGUGUUCAGAAAAGUAUAUCUUAUUAUGAUGAUGAUCAUAUUGAUAAUUAUUACAGUAAUUCUAAUUAAAGCCCUUCUAUUUGAUAUGCACUAAGUAACGAACUCCUCUAGAGAAAAUGUUAAGUAGCUGGUUGUAUAAAAUAUUUGGCAUUGACUGGUCAGGUGAUGUGUUUGUGUACUGUUUGAUUGUUAUUACACAAUGCAGACUACAUUGGACAUCUUAACAAGUUCUUAAGUGCAACCCUAAAAUGUACCAUUUUCAUAGUCUUUCGAAGUUGUAUCAUGAAAAUUGCCACACGUUACGGUUGGGUUUCUGUGUCUCAACCAUGCACAGUCACCCACAAAUGUGGAAUGGAAACACAGAUAAGGCAAACCUGCUCAGGGCAGAUAAUGUAGCAGAGACCCAAACCCAUGCCUCAUUUACAUCAGCCAGGACGGGUGCUACUUCCUGGUGGCAGUACAGUCUCUCCAUGGGCAAUUUAGUGAGGUAUGCUUACAGUCCAAGUUACACUUCAGCUUGUCAGUUGAAAGGGCACCUAAACAGAUGUUCAUCUGUGGCGUUAACCUGACACCUCAUCCAGUGCAACUGCUGACACAUUCCAGUGGAAAGGCUUUCCAAGGCUAAGAAAGCUUCUCAUAUUUUCCCUCAUAUACACAAAAAUUAGUUUAUAAUGACAUAUCAUGCACAGCUACUCUGUCUUUUUCAACUACUGUGUUUUUCUAACAUAGCAUAGAGGGUUAGGUUCUUUUCCAAAUAAUCCUCAAUUCCUAUACUCAUGUUAAAAAAAAUAAUAAUUUUGUAUUGUAAGAGUUUGUUCUUCUUCACUGCCACAGUAAACAUCUUCAUGAGGUCCUGCCCAUUGAGCUACUGGAUAUGACAUGUUUUUUUUUUUUAUUAUGUAUCGGUUAUCCAUUGUGAAUUCUUGGAGAUAUUUAACAAGAAAUCCCAACAAAGUAGUUUUUUAUUGUAUUUUAAUAAAACAAACACCUGUUCUCUGUCUCAACAUUUCUGUCUGCUACUGUUCUCUCCUUUGAGACACUUGGCUGGUGUAAGACUUGCUAAAUCCUGACCAACACCCUGAUGCUUUUAGGACCAAGCCACAGUGAUUUAGCGGCUCCAGGGAACACCCACAUCCCGACAACAACCAUUCCAUGCCAUGUUUACUCACCUCUAUCUGUCACAACAUUCUUCAUCUGUUUCUUUUCCUACGAUGUCCAUAAUAUAGACAUUUUCUGGAUCCCACUGCUGAAGGCACAUAUUUGUCCUUGUCUGCUCCAGCAAUGGGUUUGGGAUUACAUGCCAGACAGCCUUGUUUUAGUGAUAAUGCUGUGGUUACAUGAAAACAAAGCUGAGAACCACAUAGAGACCGGUGUUUCGAAAUGGUACUGUAUUUUCUUUCCUUUUUAAAUUCUCCGAGGAUAUUAUUAACUUGUACGAUACUGUAAAUCAAAUGGGAUAUUUGUGAAGAAAAGUUUUAGAAUAUUUAAAAGUAGAAGUGUGAAGAUUUAUCAAAAGGCUUCACUGUUUUGUAGAAGAAAAAAAAUCACAAUAUGAAAAUAUUUAUAGUAGUUAUGUAUCAUAGACAUGAACAGUUCGUUAUAUUUUAAAGCCUAUAUACCAAUAAAAGUAAAGCAUGGGCCAUAUUUAUUUUUGUAACCUACUCUAAUUUUAAGCAUACUGUUGAUCUUAUUUAAUGGAAAAUUUUAUUUAUCAAAUAUUUUGAUGGUCACAUUUUUUCGGAAUAUUUUGGGUUACACACAUUGUUUACUUACGUUCUUAAAAUAUGAAUGUCUGUUUCAUUCACUUGUGUAUGUUUUUUGUGUUACUUAAGACUUUUUGA